ACCACCAGAUGAUAUUUUUCUACUUCAUGUACAUGAGGUUCUCUUUCUAAGAACAAUAAAAGUCCAUGUCUAGCAGAGAAGAUUCUGCAAUUUUUUGUCUUGUAUUUGAACAAAAGCAUCAGCAGUUUGAUAUGAAUCUGCUCCUGAGCGAUUUAGAAUAUUCUAACACAGUGGAUUAAGUCAACAUAAAUACAAGUCUCCUUGUGCUACAAAGGUACAGAGAGGUAGAGGGGGGAGAGAGAGAGAGAGAGAGUUUUAUAUCAGUUUGAGGUUUGAAGAGAUUGACAGAUGCUCUCAACUGUGUUGUCUUCAGGUUGCAGUGAUGCAGCUGGACUUGCUGGGAACCUCUUUGCUUUUGUGUUAUUUGUGUCGCCAAUACCAACAUUUAGGAGAAUUAUCAGAAACCAAUCAACUGAACAGUUCUCAGAAUUGCCUUGCAUAUACGCUCUAUUGAAUUGCUUGAUCUGCCUCUGGUAUGGCAUGCCUUUUGUAACGCCUGGAGUUAUAUUGGUUGCAACUGUAAAUUCAAUCGGGGCUGCUUUCCAGUUAAUCUACGCAAUCAUCUUCAUCAUUUAUGCUGAUAAAUCCAAGAAGCUGAGGAUGUCAGCAUUACUCAUUGCAGUAUUUGCGUUCUUUGGUAUGGUGGUAUUUGUGAGCCUGAGAUUCUUGGAAACUCAUUUGCGUCAGAUGGUUGUUGGAUAUUUAAGUGUCUUUUCUCUCAUUUCAAUGUUUGCUUCACCCCUUUUUAUAAUUAAUUUGGUGAUCAAAACCCAGAGUGUUGAAUACAUGCCAUUCUAUCUUUCCCUAUCAACGUUCUUGAUGAGUCUCUCUUUCUCCACUUACGGAGUGCUCAAGUUUGAUCCUUUCCUUUAUGUACCAAAUGGAAUUGGAACAAUUUUGGGGAUAGUUCAAUUAGCACUCUUCUACUAUUAUAGCAGCAAAUAUGGUGAAGGUUCAAGAGAGCCAUUGCUAGCUUCAUAUGCAUGAAUACAUCAACUAGCAUUGCGCGGUUAUUCAUAAUGGCAGCAAUCCAAGACAGGAUUUCCUCCUGCGUCGUCAUUAAAAGUAGACUAAAAUUACUUCAUGGUCUUUGACAAUCCUUGCAAAGAUUUGAGGGCGUCCUCGAAGCAUGCAUGUCAGUGAUCUGCAGAGCAGAAAUAAGAGGGAGGAAGCAAAAUAGUUUCCGAAGGCUAAACCAGAAUCACUGCAUUAGUGAGCUGCAACAUCGUACCAGUCCUUAAUCCAUAGCCUGCCACGUUUUUUGAUGCCUCGAACAGGGUGUUGCCACACUGCCAGUGUCAUUGCCUGUCUUUCUCAUCAUCUCCUCCACUUGAUUGGCUAUAAAGGCUUUCAUCUCCAUGUUUAUCCUAGACUUAUGGUAUUAUUAUAAUACAAUGAACAAUGCCUUUUACUUCA